GUGGGGCGAGGCUGCGUCGCUCGGUCUUGGCGGUGUAGGGCCCGUGUAAGGAUGAGAGCGCAGAGGACGCAGGGCCGCUGGAGGCGCAGAAGCCGCUAGCUCCUUUUCGCGCCCGCCCGCCAGCGCUCCCGGCCCUGGAGACCAUGAGGUUCCGCAUCUACAAGCGGAAGGUGCUGAUCCUGACGCUCGUGGUGGCCGCCUGCGGCUUCGUCCUCUGGAGCAGCAAUGGGCGACAAAGGAAAAACGAGGCCCUCGCCCCGCCGCUGCUGGACGCCGAGCCCGCGAGAGGUGCGGGCGGCCGGGGCGGGGACCAUUCGGCUGUGUCCGUGGGCAUCCGCCGGGUCUCCAACGAGUCGGCGGCUCCGCUGGUCCCCGCGGCCCCGCAGCCCGAGGCGGACAACCUGACGCUGCGGUACAGGUCCCUGGUGUACCAGCUGAACUUCGACCAGACGCUGAGGAAUGUAGAUAAGGCCGGCUCCUGGACCCCUCGAGAGCUGGUGCUGGUGGUCCAGGUGCAUAACCGGCCCGAUUACCUCAGACUGCUGCUGGACUCCCUCCGGAAAGCCCAGGGCAUCGACAGCGUCCUCGUCAUCUUUAGCCAUGACUUCUGGUCGACAGAAAUCAAUCAACUGAUCGCUGGGGUGGAUUUCUGUCCGGUUCUGCAGGUGUUCUUUCCUUUCAGCAUUCAGUUGUACCCCAACGAGUUUCCAGGCAGCGACCCCAGAGAUUGCCCCCGAGACCUGGAGAAGAAUGCAGCUUUGAAGAUGGGAUGCAUUAAUGCUGAGUAUCCCGACUCCUUUGGCCAUUAUAGAGAGGCCAAGUUCUCCCAAACCAAACACCAUUGGUGGUGGAAGCUGCAUUUUGUAUGGGAAAGGGUCAAAGUUCUUCGAGACUAUGCUGGCCUCAUACUUUUCCUAGAGGAGGAUCACUACUUAGCCCCAGACUUUUACCAUGUCUUCAAAAAGAUGUGGAAGUUAAAGCAGCAAGAGUGUCCUGAGUGUGAUGUUCUCUCCCUGGGGACGUAUACGGCCAGUCGCAGUUUCCAUGGCAUUGCUGACAAGGUAGACGUGAAAACUUGGAAAUCCACAGAGCACAAUAUGGGUCUAGCCUUGACCCGGGAUGCGUAUCAGAAGUUGAUUGAGUGCACGGACACUUUCUGUACUUACGAUGAUUAUAACUGGGACUGGACUCUUCAAUAUUUAACUGUAUCCUGUCUUCCAAAAUUCUGGAAAGUGCUGGUUCCUCAAGUUCCUAGGAUAUUUCAUGCUGGAGACUGUGGUAUGCACCACAAGAAAACCUGUAGACCAUCCACCCAGAGUGCCCAAAUUGAGUCACUCUUAAAUAAUAACAAACAGUACUUGUUUCCAGACACUCUAACUAUCAGUGAGAAGUUUGUGGCAGCCAUUUCCCCACCUAGGAAGAAUGGAGGGUGGGGAGAUAUUAGGGACCAUGAACUCUGUAAAAGUUAUAGAAGACUGCAGUGAAAAAUCACAAUUACAAAAGCAAAAGUGACAGUCUUCUAUUUUUGAUAUUUGUCCAAACAGGAUAAACAAUUGAAUAAAAAGGGUUUAGGAA